GUCUCUUGAGGAAGUGGGAUUGAGGCACCUGUCACAUGAGGCGCUUUUCUGCUCACAAAUCUGGCAGCAGUGCUCGAGGACGCCACGAGAGAGCGACGGGUCCUCCGGAGCUGGAGCAACUACGGUUUUGAGCUCCGCAGUUAGUAGCGCUCUCCGCACCACGUCAUCUCUCCAGCGCCAAAGCCUAUACGUCCUAAGGCAGACAUCCUCCAAUGUAAAGACGUUGCUGUCCAAGACUUUCUUAGGGAGUAUGGGAAAUGAAAAACAACAGGGAAAUCCAAUACGGGAGGAUGGUGCUCCUCCCCUAGCUUCGGGACCGGCCACCCGCGCCUCUGCAUCCUCACUUCCGUUACCACUGAGGGAGCCGAGCGUCACGCACGGUUUCUCCACGCGGAAUUCUGGGAACUCGUCGGCUUCAGGCUAGCCUGUAGCCAUCUGUCCCCCUGGAUUUGAGUUAUUUUAGCCAGGAACCUCCAGAAUGACCCGCUAGAUGCUUCUGAGAUCGACAGCAAUUGCGUCUCGGGUGAAAAGGAAGGAGCGAGGUUUGAAAGCCCUGACUUCCCAAAAAGCAGUGCUGGAAGCCAUAAGUGACUAAGAUUGGCUGACGCUGGAGGAUGUGUGGGUCGUACACCUGGGAUUAACUUUUAUUAGAGGGGUGGAAAACGUGAGUUGCGGUGUGGGUGUGGCGAUUAGAAGACCACGCUGGGGAGAUGCUGCCCAUCUACCAUCCUGUGUAUCCUGAGGACCAAACUCGGGCUUGGUGGUAAAAGCUUUUAUCCACCAAAUCCUCCCUCGUGGACUUCGAGAUUGCCUAAUUAGGUCUGCACCUCCUGGAAGGAAGGGUAAAAAAGUGAGCGGGCCCAUGGAGGCAGUAACAUUCAAGGAUGUGGCUGUGGUCUUCACUAAGGAGGAAUUCAGGCUGCUGGACUCCGCCCAGAGGACGCUGUACCAAGAUGUGAUGGUUGAGAAUUUUCGGAACCUGCUCUCAGUGGAGUAUCAACUUUUCAAACGAGAUAAACCAUACCUGGAAAGAGAAGAGAAGCCUCAAAUGAGGAGGGCAGCCCCGAGGGAGAGAGAUUCAGGGAUUAACGGUCAGAGUGCGAGAGGAGCAGUCCGAGGGAGAGGGUCACCUGAAGCCCUUCCCUGCUGGCAAAUCUGGCAGUGGGUCACGGACGACUUAACCACGAGUCAAAACUCUGUGGUAAAUACUCCUCAGCUACAGGGCAAGGCUCCCUGCCAGUCCAGGCCAAGGCCAUCUGCUCCCGUUUCUGUAGAUGAGAACUAUAUAAAGAGUCAUACAAUAAGUGUUCCCAUCCACUCCGGAAGGCCCCCACUUCCCACUUUGAGAGCCCAGGGAACUUCCCUGACUGAGCGGCAGACUCGGAAGGAUCAGUACCACCAAGGCUCCCACAGAGAUGAAGCGGGUCAGAGGAAACGGGAUGCUCACCCUACAAGUUGGAUUCCACGUCCCCGCUCUGAUCACAGAGUAUGCAAAAGUAAGGGGCGGUGUAGCCCCAGUGAUCAUGGGAGAGACGGGGUGGAAGUGGUGCCAUUCGACCAGAAUGGAGGGAUUCACACUAGACAGAAAAGCUCCCAACACAGAGAAGCCGUUACCGAUCUCUCCAGCUCGGAUCCUCACCAAGUGUUAGACUCAGGAGGGAGGGCUUGUGCAUGUGUUGAAUGUGGGAGAGGCUCCCCUUGUGGCACAGAUGGCUGCAUUCAUCAAGGAGGUCGCACAGGAGAAGAACGGAAGGAAUUCGGUCACCAGAGGGUCUGCACGCCAGUGAAACCGUACACCUGUGAGCAGUGCGGAAAAGUCUUUACUUGUAGAUCAGCACUUAAUGUCCACGUGAAAGUGCACACGAGGGAGAGACCUUACAAUUGUGAGACCUGCGGGAGUGCCUUCAGCCAGGCCUCCCACCUCCAGGACCACCAGAGGCUCCACACUGGGGAGAAGCCGUUCAAAUGCGAUGCCUGCGGCAAGAGUUUCAGUCGCAGUUCCCACCUGCGGUCCCACCAGAGGGUCCACACGGGAGAGAAACCAUACAAGUGCGGGGAGUGUGGGAAGAGCUUCAUUUGUAGCUCCAAUCUCUACAUCCAUCAGCGAGUCCACACAGGAGAAAAGCCCUAUAAAUGCGUGGACUGCGGGAAAGAAUUCAGUCGCCCUUCGAGUCUUCAGGCCCAUCAGGGCAUUCACACCGGAGAGAAAUCAUACGUUUGUACUAUGUGUGGGAAAGGCUAUACUCUGAAUUCAAAUCUCCAAGUCCACUUGAGAGUCCACACGGGGGAGAAGCCGUACAGUUGUGACGUGUGUGGGAAAGGCUUCAGUCGCUCUUCACAGCUACAGUCCCAUCAGAGAGUCCACACGGGGGAGAAGCCUUACAAGUGUGAUGUGUGUGGUAAGAGCUUUGGUUGGCGGUCAAAUCUUAUAAUUCAUCACAGAAUCCACAGCAGUGGUAAACCUUACAAGAGCAAGAGAGAUGAUAAAAACAUCAAGGAGUCCACUCAGGAAAAAUGUUCUAUAAAAUAGUGCUUGAAAAGA